CCGCAGCCGAAGGAGUGGCCGCGCCCGCCGCAGGGAGGGAGGAGCAUCUGGGGAGGUUCCAAGUUGGCGGAGCCGCUGGGACCCCCGGACUCUCCAGCGGCCGCUCCGGGAAGGGCUGAGAGGCGAGCAGGGGAGGGGGCGCUGCCCAGCCCCGAGCCCCGACCCCCUGCCCGCCGCAGCACACCAUGCGCGCCGAGGCGGCGUGACCGGCUCCGCCCGCAGCCACCCCGCAGCCUGGCCCGGCGCUCGCGCCGGUCACACCGAGUGGCGCCCGGGAGCUAUGAGCCAUGAAGCCGCCCGGCAGCAGCUCCCGGCGGCCGCCCCUGGCGGGUUACAGCCUUCCCCGAGCCUCCAGCGCUCCCCGCGACGGCCCCGCCGGCCCGCCGCCUGCCCGCGCCCCGGCCCGCGCGCCGCCUGGCCGCCUGCUCCUCGUCCUUCUCCUACUGCUUCCACUCGCCACCUCGUCCCGGCCCCGCGCCCGGGGGGCUGCUGCACCCAGCGCUCCGCAUUGGAAUGAAACUGCAGAGAAAAAUUUGGGAGUCCUGGCAAAUGAAGACAACACAUUGCAACAGAAUAGCAGCAGUAAUAUCAGUUACAGCAAUGCAAUGCAGAGAGAAAUCACACUGCCUUCAAGACUCGUGUAUUACAUCAACCAAGACUCGGAGAGCCCUUACCAUGUGCUUGACACAAAGGCAAGACACCAGCAAAAACAUAACAAGGCUGUCCAUCUGGCUCAGGCAAGUUUCCAGAUUGAAGCCUUUGGCUCCAAAUUCAUUCUUGACCUCAUACUGAACAAUGGUUUGCUGUCUUCCGAUUAUGUGGAGAUUCACUACGAAAAUGGGAAACCACAUUACUCUAAGGGUGGCGAGCACUGUUACUACCAAGGAAGCAUCAGAGGUGUCAAGGACUCUAGGGCUGCUGUGUCAACGUGCAAUGGACUUCAUGGUAUGUUUGAAGAUAAUACCUUUGUGUAUAUGAUAGAACCACUGGAGCUGAUUCAUGAUGAGAAAAGCACAGGCCGACCACAUGUGAUCCAGAAAACCUUGGCAGGACAAUAUUCUAAGCAAAUGAAGAAUCUCAGUAUGGAAAGCAAUGCCCGGUGGCCCUUCCUAUCUGAGUUAAAGUGGCUGAAGAGGAGAAGGAAGCGAGCAGUGAAUCCAUCUCGUGGCGUGUUUGAAGAAAUGAAAUAUUUGGAACUUAUGAUUGUUAAUGAUCACAAAACGUAUAAGAAGUGUCGCUCUUCUCAUGCACACACCAAUAACUUUGCAAAGUCUGUGGUCAACCUUGUGGAUUCUAUUUACAAGGAGCAGCUCAAUACCAGGGUUGUUCUGGUGGCUGUAGAGACCUGGACUGAGAAGGAUCAUAUUGACAUCACCACCAACCCUGUGCAGAUGCUCCAUGAAUUCUCCAAAUAUCGGCAGCAUAUCAAGCAGCAUGCUGAUGCUGUGCACCUCAUCUCGCGUGUGACAUUCCACUAUAAGAGAAGCAGUCUGAGUUACUUUGGAGGUGUCUGUUCUCGCACAAGGGGAGUUGGUGUGAAUGAGUAUGGUCUUCCAAUGGCAGUGGCACAAGUAUUAUCGCAGAGCCUGGCUCAAAACCUUGGAAUCCAGUGGGAACCUUCCAGCAGAAAGCCAAAAUGCGACUGCACAGAAUCCUGGGGUGGCUGCAUCAUGGAGGAAACAGGGGUAUCCCAUUCCCGAAAGUUCUCAAAGUGUAGCAUUUUGGAGUACAGAGACUUUUUACAGAGAGGGGGUGGAGCCUGUCUUUUCAACAGGCCAACAAAGCUCUUUGAGCCCACAGAAUGUGGAAAUGGAUAUGUAGAAGCUGGGGAAGAAUGUGAUUGUGGUUUCCAUGUGGAAUGCUAUGGGCUGUGCUGUAAGAAAUGCUCUCUGUCCAAUGGGGCCCACUGCAGCGAUGGGCCCUGCUGUAACAGUACCUCCUGUCUUUUUCAGCCGCGGGGCUAUGAAUGUCGGGAUGCUGUGAAUGGGUGUGAUAUUACCGAAUAUUGUACUGGAGAUUCUGGCCAGUGCCCACCAAAUCUUCAUAAACAAGAUGGAUAUGCAUGCAGUCAAAAUCAGGGCCGUUGCUACAAUGGGGACUGCAAGACCCGGGAUAACCAGUGUCAGUACAUCUGGGGAACAAGUAGGUCGUGCUUUCCUGCUUGCUGCUCACACACAGAGGCUUCAGGGUCUGACAAGUUCUGUUAUGAAAAGCUGAAUACAGAAGGCACUGAGAAGGGAAACUGUGGGAAGGAUGGAGACCGAUGGAUCCAGUGCAGCAAACACGAUGUGUUCUGUGGGUUUUUACUCUGUACCAAUCUUACUCGAGCUCCACGUAUUGGUCAGCUUCAGGGUGAGAUCAUCCCAACUUCCUUCUACCAUCAAGGCCGAGUAAUUGACUGCAGUGGUGCUCAUGUGGUUUUAGAUGAUGAUACGGAUGUAGGCUAUGUGGAAGAUGGGACACCAUGUGGCCCAUCCAUGAUGUGUUUAGAUCGGAAGUGCCUACAGAUUCAAGCCCUAAAUAUGAGCAGCUGCCCACUUGAUUCCAAGGGGAAAGUCUGUUCCGGUCACGGGGUGUGUAGCAACGAAGCCACCUGUAUCUGUGAUUUCACCUGGGCAGGGACUGACUGCAGUAUCCGGGAUCCUGUUAGGAACCUUCACCCACCCAAGGAUGAAGGACCCAAGGUGAACAUGGCCACAAGCAGGCUAAUAGGUGCCGUGGCAGGCACCAUUCUGGCCUUGGGGGUGAUUUUUGGAGGCACGGGGUGGGGAAUAGAAAAUGUCAAGAAGAGGAGGUUCGAUCCUACUCAGCAAGGACCCAUCUGAGUCAGCAGCACUGGGUGAACGGGGCCUUGCACUGUUGGAUUCUGGGUAUGACAGGCUUUGCAGCAACGUUGCCGGAACUGUUCUGUCUGUAAACAAGACCGCUGGGUGGUAAUGAUACAGAACUAGAGUUGGGGUGGCAGGGAUGGGGUAAAAGAAAACCUUCCUUUUUGGAAAUAAUUUUUCAAAAAGCCCCUCCCACCACUUGUCAAUAAAAAGGGGCAAACGACGAUGUCCUAUGAAGAACUAUUUCAAAAAAAUUUUUUUCUAACUGAAAGAAGGAACAAGAAGAAUUAAGUGCAAUAAAAGAACCAUUAAAAAAUAGCAAAUUAUUUUUUUCUUUCCUGAGCCUGCUGGCACUUACUGUCUUCUAAAUGAUUUGGCAUGAUUUUUUUUUUCUUUUCCUACCACUGACACACCCCAAGUGGCAUGAAGAUCUAAUUUUUGAAAGGGUAAAAUCUGCAUGGCAUAUAUACAACAAGCAGCUAGCAAGCGAAUCCGCAGCAAACCUGCAGCUGGCUUCCCGAGGUGAAGACGGCAGAUGGGCAGGGCAUCUGCCUGGCCCCCACGCCCUAGUCUGCACCAGGCCACGAGCACUCUGCGGACCCCUGCUCUUGUUGACUCACUUUCCCAUUGUCUUUUCUCCUAGACUGAGCAUCCUUUGGAAAUGGGAGCUGGAAUUUGAACAAUGAUGCUAUUGUAUAGUUCUUUUAUAAAUGUAAAUAUGGAAAUAAGAGAUUUUGACACCUCAUUUUCGCUUGUCUGUAUUGAAAUAUUUUUCUUGUAAAGGUUCUCUGUAAAUCUGAGUUUAUCAUUUGCUCCCCAUCAUUUUGGUUUCUUUCCUCUAUUUCUUUCUCUGUCUUUGUCCUUCUCUUGUGUAACAUGUUGUACAAUGAUUGUUGGGCUUCCUUAAAACAGACAGAUGUAGCUGCAGAUGCAGGGAGUGUGGGCACAAGCCAGAUGCGAUUUAAAAAUGAGAUGCUUGAAUGAAAUGAAAUGCUUGAAACCAAAAAUAAACAAAGGGGAGGGGGACACAAACGACAAAAUAACCCAUGUGAAAAACUAAAAUUAUGUAAAUGCACAUAUAUGUACCGACAUGUCUCUAAAAUUUUUUGAUGUCGUUACAAACCUGUGUAUAUAAUGUAAGAAAGUAGACACCCUCUCAGAUUAAUCACAGAAGUGCCAAGCUCAUGAUUUUUCAUUUUUGGCUUUGACAAUUUUCUCUCCCUGUCUUUCAUGUGAAAGGAGGAUGAACUUAAAGCCUUAAAUUAAAAAAAUAAUUUUUAAAUGUUGACAGCUUGGGGGAAAACUUCAGCUUUCCAUUCAUAUCUAUCGUUAAUAUUUCAUCUGUGCUCCAUCUUCCAGCCUUGAAAUACACAUGGCAGAACCCCACUGUAAAGCGGGUAGUGGGGAUAGAAACAGCAGUUGCCGUCUCCUGAGCAUUGUGACAGGCUUCCUUGUUCGGCCCACGCGUGUUGCUGGUCUGUGGAAUGUUGUGCUGGGUGAGGAUGGGAUUCUGACACACCCAGACUCUCUUUCUCCCUCCAGGCAGGUUUGUGGACGUGGUCUGGGUUUCCAAGUCCCCUUCACUUAUUGCUUUUCCACUGAUGGUCAAGGUAGUUUCCAUUCAAGUGUGGAGCAUAGACAUUAGUAAAGAAUUUGGUCCUGGCUUUGUUUUGAAUGCAAGAACUUGCGUAUGAUCCCUUCAGGUGGCAUUCUUCCAGAGUAAGCUUUACUGAAGGCCCCAAAGAGCAGAAGAGGACAUGCGACUGUGCAGUUCACUUCACGACAACAAAAUCAGUUGCUAGAUUUAGCAUUAAGUCCCUUUUCAGCAACAUUCAUGACGCUAACCUCACAAUUUUAGGGUUGACUUUGGAAAGGGUUAUGUCCUUAAAAUGUAUGGCUUAAAACAGUGGGUUUUUUCCAGAUGUCUUUAAUUGUGGAAGUAUCACCGUCACAGAGCAGAAACCUUAAUUUCCAUAGGCUGCCAUAGGCCACACCCUAAUAUCUUCAUCCUGUUACUGCUUUCUGAGAACUAGGUGCUACACGAGUAUGCAGUCUUUCUCUAGAACUAGCUGUGUGUUUAUAUUGCAAUAACAGGGCUAUCUACAAGGUUUAUCAGCCUCACUCUUGGUUUCAUAAGACACAGGUUGUAUCUCCACCUAGUGGAAAUAGCUCUUUCAGCUUGGAGGAAACUCAGAUGACUUGGCAUCUCUUCCUGUCCCUGCACUGUUUAUGUCUCUCUUGCUGGAUCCUACUCCCUAGUUGAUUCUAAGCUGUCGCUUAGUACACCACACACAUUUCACUGCUCUUUGAGAGGCACCACGGUGACUUAAUAGAAACAAAACCAUGGUGGUUACAAAACAAGUUAAAUCUCUAUUAUUAACUUCUGAGCAUUUCACGAACAACAUUGUAAAUGUGCGAUGUUAUGUUUUAAAUCAGACCACAGUGGUCCCCAAAUACUAUGUACAUAUGGCAAAUGUUAGUGUAACUUUUUGUUACACUGGCAGUUUCAUAGGUAACCAAACCUAUGCUCCAAUGUUAAAUUAUUUGUGUGUAUAUGUAAAAUACACAAGCUUUAAGCUAUGUGUGUAUGAAUAUGAAAGAUAUUGCAACCAUACCAAUCGUCAACAAUGGAUUAUAAUUAUUUUUGGUGGUAUUAGGUUACGUAGUUUCAAACUCUGCUCUAUUUUCUCUUGCACAUGCCAUUCUUUUUUGUGGUGUGAAUACUUUGUUAUUCAUUUGAGCUCAAACCACAAGCAUAUCACUGUUUAAUGUUACCCAACAAGAGUGUUAAGUGAUGACAAGUUCCUAUUUCAUGUGCUCUACUUUUGCUGCAUUAAUUAACAACACCUGGAUGAGGAGAUGUGCACUAACUUCAUUGCUCAUCUGGGAUACUGCAUGAGCCCACUGAAUUAGAGCUACUCCUAUUAGAUAAAUGAGCAGUACACAUAGGUGCAUGUCAUGAAACAUGAAUCAUGUAGAGCUGUGCAGUUUAACAAGUGAUAUGUGUGGUUUUUUGUUUUUGAUUUUGUUUUUACUAUGCAAAGAUGGGAAAUGCACAAACCUCAAAGACAGUAUCUGAAGAACUUUACAAACAAUACUUGAAUCCUUUUGUUAACAUCACCCCAUCAUAUUUUAUAGUCAUUUUUGCUUCCAUUGUUAAUUUUCAUUUUAAAAUGGUUUGUAAGUUUUGUUUCAAGUUAAUAAAUUCAUUCAUAACCUGUUGGCUGCCUAUGAAUGGAGAUUCAGUAGUCAUUGUAUGCAACUUUUAGUAAGGUGUGUAUUAAAACUUUUGGUCACAUAGAAUGUUGUAGCUUUAUACUUUGGUGAUCUUUCUUAAGCCCUUUUACUGUGUUCUCUUACAUUGUUGAUUAAAUGGCCAUGUGUCUGAUAUCAUCAAGAGCUUUAGCACAUGUCUCUCAAUCAAAGGC